CGGAACUUUCUUUGGAUGGGAUUCCGAGUUCCUUAUCAUUCUUGUGGAGGCACCAGAGGGGUUCUAUCUUGAGUUUUAAAAUGCCGGGUUUCAGCCAAAUUUCUAUAGUUUCAAAAUGGGAGUCCUUCCAAUAUCUUGAUGCAUAAAGUUCUGUAGUGAGAGGAGAGUGUACAGUAAGCCCAGGAAGUGUUUGAUGAAAUUCCUAAGAGAGGUUUGGACCAAAUAUCUUAAGUUUUCUGUUUUGUUUACUGUUUUGAGGUUGUGCAAGCAUAAUCGAAGGAGGGACGACUCAAAUGUUAGAGCCUAGAGAAAUUGUGUCUUAGAAGAUUGGUUCCAAAUGAUGUUACUUAAGUUAAACUAAUGGUUGACGGGCUUUAUAAAGAAAGAUAGUAUUGAGGAACAAUUGGACCCGUAUUCCCUUGUGGCUGAUGAUCUAUUAGUUGUGGCUAGUAGAUUAAAGAGUACGUUUGCUGCUGAGGUCCCUAUGCUUGCCUCAGCUGCUGGGGAUUUCUUCAAGAUGGGGGCAGAAAGAAAGAAAUUUCGUCCCACGGUUAUACUCUUGAUGGCAUCUGCUUUGAAUAUGUCAACCUUAGCUCCUGAUGGCAUGCUUGAGACGUCAUAUAACGAACUGUACGAUAGACAACUGUCUAUUGCUGUGAUCACAGAGAUGAUCCAUGCAGCCAGUCUUCUUCAUAGUGAUGUUUUGGAUGAUACCGAGACAAGGCGUGGUAUUGGUUCAUUAAAUUGUUUCAUGGAGAAUAAGAUGGCUGUAUUGGCAGGAGACGUUCUGCUUUCACGAGCACUUGUUGCUCUAACUUCUUUAGGCAAUAAUGAGGUUGUAGCUUUGAUUUCAAGGUCUGUUCAGCAUCAGGUUACUGGUGAAACCAUGCAAAUGACCGCUGCAUCUGAGCAAAGAUGUAGUUCGUUAUAUGAUUCCUUUUUUGGUUGCUGUAUGGAAUAUUAUAUGGAAAAGACGUAUAACAAAACGGCAGCAUUGAUAUCGAACAGCUGCCAAGCAGUUUCUAUUAUCACAGGACAAACAGCAGAAGUUUCCAUGUUAGCGUAUGACUACGGCAGGAAUCUGGGUGUGGCCUUCCAGUUGAUUGACGAUGUGCUUGAUUUCACUGGCACAUCAGCUUCCCUUGGAAAGGGGUCCUUGUCUGCCAUUCGCCAUGGGAUAAUAGCGGCUCCAAUAUUGUUCGCCAUCGAAGAGUUCCCUCAGUUAUGUAAAAUUGUGGAUCGAGGCUUCCAGAAUCCUGCUGAUGUUGAUCUGGCCUCUGAAAUCCUUGGCAAGAGUAAUGGAAUACAGAGGGCUAUUGAAUUGGCAUCUGAGCAUGCAAAUCUAGCUGCUGCAGCCAUCAAAUCUCUACCCAAGACUGAUAAUGCGGACGUCAGAAGAUCAAGGCAAGCUCUUGUUGAUCUAACUCGGUUAGUCAUUACAAGAAAAAGGUAACAUGGACAGCAUCCUGCUCUGCCAUAUUGCAAGGUACAGAUUC